AUGGAUUAUUCCCUCACUGUGUGGGGACCAGGAAGUGUGAGGCAUGGUGAUCAUUACAACAUGGUGCAAAAAGAAAGUGAAGACCUUUUUAAAUAUCUUAUUGCAUUCCUGGGCAAAUCUGCUGUCCUGUUUGUGGUCCAUGAACAUAGUCUCCAUGAGCCCAUGUACUACUUCCUGGCCAUGUUGGACUCCAUCGACCUGGGCUUGUCCACAGUCACCACCCCCAAAAUGCUGGGUAUCUUCUGGUUCAAAUUCAGGCAUAUAUCUUUUGAAAGCUGCCUUUCCCAGAUGUUCUUCAUCCACUUCUUCACUGCCAUGGAGAGCAUAGUGUUUGUGGCCAUGGCCUUUGACUGCUACAUUGCCAUUUGUAAACCCUUUCAGUAUACCCUGAUUCUCACCAGCAAAAUCAUUAGCAUCAUUGCAGGCAUUGCUAUUCUGCGGAGCUGGUACAUGGUGGCCCCACUAGUGGUUCUUCUCCUGAGGCUACCCUUCUGUGGCCACUAUAUCAUCCCUCAUACCUACUGUGAACACAUGGGCAUUGCCCGUCUGGCCUGUGCCAGCAUCAAAGAGAACAUUCUGUUUGGCCUUGGCAACAUUUCUUUCUUAUUAUUUGAUGUGCUCCUUAUAAUUCUCUCUUAUGUCUGGACCCUCCAUGCUGUCUUCUGCCUGCCCUCCAGGGAUGCUCGACCUAAAGCUCUCAACACCUGUGGCUCCCACAUGGGUGUUGUCUUAGCUUUUCUCACACCAGCAUUUUUCUCUUUCUUGACACACCGAUUUGGCCACAAUAUUCCUCAAUAUAUCCAUAUUUUCUUGGCCAACCUAUAUGUGGUUUUUCCACCAGCCCUCGAUCCUAUAAACUAUGGGGUCAGGACCAAGCAGAUUAGGGAGUGA